CCCCUGCCUCAUCCAGGCUUCGCCCCCGUCAGUCUCCGGCAGCUUCUCGCGGCUUAGCAAGCCGCUUCCCGUGAUGCCCCGCGCCUGGGUGUAGCGGUUGCCGGGCAACGCGCGGUCCCUGGCGCGGGCGUAGCUGGGACCAGCUGGAAGAUGAGGCCGCGAGGCCUCCCGCCGCUCUUGGUGGUACUCCUGAGCUGCUGGGCCUCCGUGAGCGCCCAGACCGAGGCCACCCCGGCGGUGACGACAGAGGGCCUCAACUCCACCGAGGCAGCCCUGGCGACUUUCGGACCCUUCCCGUCGACCAGGCCCCACGGUACUCCUAGAGCACCGGGGUCCUCCUCCGGCCCCCGGCCUACCCCGGUCACGGACGUUGCUGCUCUGUGUGUCUGUGACUUGUCCCCAGCACAGUGUGACGUCAACUGCUGCUGUGAUCCUGACUGCAGCUCUGUGGAUUUCAGUGUCUUUUCUGCCUGCUCAGUUCCAGUUGUCAUGGGUGACAGCCAGUUUUGUAGUCAAAAAGCAGUCAUCUAUUCAUUGAAUUUUACAGCAAACCCACCUCAAAGAGUAUUUAAACUUGUUGAACAGAUUAGUCCAUCUAUUUUCUGCAUUCAUAUUACAAACUAUAAGCCUGCAUUAUCCUUUAUUAAUCCAGAAGUACCUGAUGAAAAUAAUUUUGAUACAUUGAUGAAAACAUCUGAUGGUUUUACAUUGAAUGCUGAAUCAGAUAUUUCCUUCACAACCAAACUGGAUAUUCCUACUACUGCUAAAUAUAAGUAUGGGGUUCCUCUGCAGACUUCAGAUUCGUUUCUGAGAUUUCCUUCAUCCCUGACAUCAUCUCUGUGUACUGAUAAUAACCCUGCAGCGUUUCUGGUGAACCAGGCUGUUAGGUGUACCAGAAAAAUAAAUUUAGAACAGUGUGAAGAAAUUGAAGCCCUCAGCAUGGCUUUUUACAGCAGCCCGGAAAUUCUGAGGGCACCUGAUUCAAGAACAAAGGUCCCUAUCACUGUUCAGUCCGUCCUCAUUCAGUCUCUAAAUAAAACGCUCACCCGACGGGAAGACACUGAUGUGCUACAGCCGGCUCUCGUCAAUGCUGGACACUUUCACCUUUGCAUGAAUGUUGUUCUUGAGGUAAAGUACAGCCUCACAUACACAGAUAGAGGUGAAGUCACCAAAGCUGAUCUGUCAUUCCUUCUGGGGACAGUUAGCAGUGUAGUGGUCCCACUGCAGCAAAAGUUUGAAAUUCAUUUUCUUCAGGAAAAUACCAAGCCAGUCCCUCUCAGUGGAAACCCUGGUUAUGUCGUGGGGCUCCCGUUGGCUGCUGGAUUCCAGCCUCAUAAGGGGUCUGGGAUUAUUCAGACCACGAACAGAUACAGACAGUUUACUAUUCUUCAUAGCACAGCUGAGCAAGACUGCUUAGCACUGGAGGGGGUCCGGACCCCAGUAUUAUUUGGUUACACUAUGCAAUCUGGCUGUAAACUAAGACUGACUGGAGCUCUCCCGUGUCGGCUCGUAGCCCAGAAGGUGAAGAACCUGCUGUGGGGCCAGGGCUUCCCAGAUUAUGUGGCCCCUUUUGGAAAUUUGCAGGCCCAGGAUGUGCUGGACUGGGUGCCCAUCCACUUCAUCACCCAGUCAUUCAACAGGAAGCAUUCUGUUUUGCAGGAUUCCUGCCAGCUCCCAGGGGCUUUGGUUAUAGAAGUGAAGUGGACCAAAUACGGUUCCCUACUGAAUCCACAGGCCAAAAUAGUCAAUGUAACUGCAAAUCUAAUUUCAUCCUCCUUUCCUGAGGCCAGCUCAGGAAAUGAAAGGACGAUUCUUAUUUCUACUGCGGUUACUUUUGUGGAUGUGUCUGCACCUGCAGAGGCAGGCUUCAGAGCUCCGCCAGCCAUCAAUGCCAGGCUGCCCUUUAACUUCUUCUUCCCGUUUGUUUGACGAUGUGUCCACCACCCUUUGCCUGAACAUCUGGGAUGGGCUCAGUAACUGAAUCAGUGAAUAAAACAGCACAUCCCCUGACGGCCCAGCAUGGGGACCAUGCAGACCAUCAACAGAAGACAGGAGAAAUGCCCCUCCUGAGCCAGAGAUGGCAGAGUGGAUCCACCCCACAUGCUCACUAGCCUAGCAUCGCCCAGGAUUCCAGCCAUCAUGUGAAACAAGGUUUCCUGCUUGUAGUAAAUGCUAAUCCAUAAUCUGGAAAGGAAGAUGAAAACACCUAUUAAACUACCACAGACCUUGCUACUCCAAGUGGGGUGUCAGCUGCUCCACUCUGCACCCCUACUGUGCAGAUAACACAAGCAAAACAUAUCAGUAAGACCCCAGAAGAGCUGUCAACCCCUACCUUGGCGGCAUAGUUAUUCUUGUCGGGCUCGAUGAUCCUCAGGUCCAGGAUGAGGUCAGCAAGCACCAGGAGGGCGUCCAGAACCACCAAGCAGAUGAUGAUGACCUGUGGGCCGAGGGAAGGCACCAGAGACCAUGAGACCCACAUGGAGGCCCUCCCUCUUCCCAUGAUUAAGAGCUGGCUUGGAAGCACGUGGGUGAAACCACUGGGCAAAGCCAUUAAGGGUGGGAGGCUAUUGCUAUAGCUCGCCAGAGGCCCCACUGGGAUGGUGGCUGUGCAGGGCCAGCUCCUCUCUGAUAGAAGCCACCAGCCUCCUUCCCGCCACCCUCCUGGCCUGCUCUGCCUCUAGGUGGUGCCCACCUUCCCUGCCCUCCCAGAACAUGUCUGGCUCAUUUUCUGACCCUUGGUCACUGUUUCUCAAAUACCACCUCUCAAACCAAACUGCCCAUACCUAGAUGGCAACAAAUAAUCAGUUUUUAAGUGUGUGGGUGUGUGUGUGGGGGUGUGUGUGUGUGUGUGUGUGUGUGUGUAUAUAUAUAUAUAUUUUUUUUUUUGAGACAGUC